AUGUUGACUUCAGAUAUUUUUAUAUUCUAUUUCAUAGAUUUAUUAGACCCUCAAUUCUAUUUCAAUGAUAUUAAAUACAAAGCUAUCAUAUAUGGAAAACCCUCGAUAAAAAUAAAGGUCUCAAUCUUCUACAUUAUUGAUAAAUCAUUCAUUAUUUUUAUCAAGAAAGAACAGACAAUAUGCAUCAUAUAUUUCAAUAUAGAUUUUAAAACUAGUUUGAAAAGAAAUGAACAGUUUCUAAAAGAUAACACUAAAACCCAUGUUGAAAACUAGAAAUUCCAAAAAUAGAAAUUAAUCAAUAUUGAAACUCUAUCAAGAUAAUAUGACUUAAUAAGAUCAUAAUGCUAAAAUAAAUAAAUUGAUGACUAAAAACCUGUUACCAUCUAUCUAUUUUUAAAAACAAGUUUCUAUGCUACUUCCACAAUAUAAAAUAAUUUAUUAUAUUAAAAGACUGAAGAGAGUGAACAAAAAGAUAACAUAUCUAUUAAAAAUAAUGUAAUUGAAACUUUUAAUCUUUUUAUAUACCUCUAAAAUUUUAGAGAGAUUUUAAGUUAUUAGGAAUGA